GGGGGUCCGGCCUGAUUUGAGAGGGCGGCGCGAGGAAGCGGGGCGGUUUCGCGGUGAGGGGAAGCGGCAGGUUGCGGACGAGGGCCGACCGAACGGGUCGCGAGCAAACCAGCGGGCACCGUCAUGGCUCUUCCGGCAGAGGAGGCGACGACGAGAGAGGGCAAGAUGAGGUCUGUAUCUGUGGACCUAAAUAUUGAUCCUUCAUUGCAAAUUGACAUUCCUGAUGCUCUCAGUGAAAAAGAAAAAGUGAAGUUCACAGUCCAUACAAAGACUACAUUACCAGGUUUUCAAGGCACAGAAUUCUCGGUUACAAGACUGCAUGAAGAUUUUGAGUGGCUACAUGACAUACUUUCUGAAACUGACGAGUAUGCAGGACUGAUUAUACCCCCACCUCCUGUGAAACCUGACUUUGAUGGCCCUCGAGAGAAGAUGCAUAAACUUGGGGAAGGAGAGCUGUCCAUGACGAAAGAGGAAUUUGCCAAAAUGAAGCAAGAGCUGGAAGCCGAAUACCUCGCAGUCUUCAAGAAAACAGUAUCAUCGCAUGAAAUCUUCCUUCAGCGAAUUGCUUCUCACCCUGUCCUCCGCCAGGAUCACAAUUUCCAUGUCUUUCUCGAGUAUGACCAUGAUCUAAGUGUUCGGAGAAAAAAUGCAAAGGAAAUGUUUGGUGGCUUCUUCAAAAGUGUGGUGAAAAGUGCAGAUGAAGUUUUGUUCUCCGGGGCUAAGGAGGUGGAUGAUUUCUUUGAGCAAGAAAAGACUUUCCUUGUGACCUACUACAACAGAAUUAAGGAUGCGUGUGCCAAGGCCGAUAAAAUGACAAGAUCACAUAAAAAUGUCGCAGAUGACUAUAUCCACACUUCAGUGUGCAUGAACAGCCUGGCUCUGGAAGAGCCGACCGUUGUUAAAAAGUACUUGCUGAAAGUUGCUGAGCUUUUUGAGAAACUCAGGAAAAUAGAGAAUCGUGUGUCUUCUGAUGAAGAUUUGAAGCUCUCAGAGUUACUGAGAUACUAUAUGCUCAAUAUAGAAGCAGCAAAAGAUCUCCUGUACAGACGCACACGGGCCCUUGUGGACUAUGAAAAUUCAAAUAAAGCCCUCGACAAAGCUCGGCUGAAAGGCAAAGAUGUCAGACUGGCAGAAACACACCAGCAAGAGUGCUGUCAAAGAUUUGAAAAACUUUCUCACUCUGCCAAACAAGAAUUGAACAACUUUAAACGGAAGCGAAUAGCAGCGUUUCGUAAAAAUCUAAUUGAAAUGACUGAACUGGAGAUCAAACAUGCUAAGAACAACGUUUCCGCUUUGCAAAGCUGCAUCGAUGUAUUAAAGAACUAAAAACAUUGGUAGUUCUUCCUCCAUGUACAUGGAACAUUCAACAACAAUACUCGGCAACUAUAUCUACUUUGGCUUCCUUAUUUUGAAACAUUUUGAUUGACUAAUACAACUAUCUGAAUUUUGGUGAUAUAAACACUGUAGUGCAUUAAGUAACAACUAACUUCUCAGGCAAAGGGAACUAUGUAUUAGUUUGAUAUCUGCUAAAUUUCUGUCAAGAUUGAAACCUGGUUUCCAGAGAAGCUUUGCUACUUCAAGAGAGGCAUCUAAUGAAAGUGACUCUCAUAGAUUCCGACAUCUCAAGUUAUAUCUGCAAAUUACUGGUACAUUUUUGUAUGGAAAUACCUAAACAUUCCAUUUUGAAGAUUUCUGUUUCAAUAAUGUUUUGGAUUCAAUAUUUGUAUGCUGUUGAACAAAUACAAUGUGUUUGUGAAUGCUGCACCAAGAAAGCAAAA